ACUGGUGAGCUACUAUCGGUUGGCAAGUGGACAAGAAUUAAUAUCCUGUCCAUAAAAUAUGCAAAGUACAUUGUUAUGUACAGUGUGUGAACAGUUUUGAAGAGCGAUCUAAUCCGGAUAUUGAUGUGGUUUACUGAUGUAGUCCUUUUUGUUUUAACAAAAAAAAACCCCACACAAUAUACUUGGUUGUGGCAAAUGGUGAUUUGUAAAAGAAAGAUAUGCAUUCUUAAAGACGGAAAUGCCUCUUUAAAAGAGGGAUUGCUGGCGAGAGCAGCCGCCUUGGAAAUCCCUGAUGUCAACAAACCUCCCACUUGUAUCAGUAUGUCGAAGAUGGCAGCCCGCUGCCCCAGCGAUCUGUUCAAGCCAGGGUUUUUGCCAGAACAUUGGCUUGCGAGAAAUUCUCACCUGCCCGUCCGAGAAGCCGCCGGGACCGUCGUCAGCAGCGAGGUACAAUUGUAAAAGAAAGCAGUUUCCCGAUGACGGCCUACUAUGGAUUCUUACAACUUCUUCGAAGAAGAUAUCAGUAUUCUGGAGCAGGAGGGACUCCACGAUGAGGAGCUCUGGGUGGAGACGCCCAACACUGACCUUACAGGAGAGGAACACUCCGCGUCCCACUUUGCCCUGAUCACCGCCUACAACGAUAUCAAGCAGAGGUUGAUCGGGAUGGAACGGGACAACUCCACUUUGAAGAGGAAGCUUCGACAGUACGAUCUCAAGUUUUCCUUCUCCAACGAAUGUGCAGAUGAUCGGAAAUCGCCUCAAGGCCUGCUGGAUGUCACCUUGCUUCGCAACGAGAACCGGCGUCUGAGGGAACAGCUGGAGCAUCUCCGGAAUCAGCUUCAAGACAGCAAAGAGAGAGAGGACCACCUGGACGAGGUUAUUCAAGCUUACGAAAAGAUAAGUGUGGAGAAAGAAGACCUCAGUCACCAGCUUGAGGAAAUGGUACAUCACCUCUCUGACUCUAUCAGUGCUGUGACUGAUUCAUUAUUUUGCACCUCAACAGUCCUGGUGGAAGAUCACGUGUCAACGAUUCGGAGGCUGGAGCAGGCUCUGCGGCUGCGGGACAAUUCCGUUCAGAUACUCAGCGACCAACUGCAGGCGAAGGAUGAGCGGAUCGUACAGCUGAGCCCGCUGCCGGGAAGUCCGCACGCGCUGGAGAGCCCGCGCCGGCGGCAGAGUCUGCAGACCCUGGGGCAUCAGCUGGACGAGCAGGAGGUGCAGCUGCUGCAGGACCAGGUGGACGAGCUGCAGCGGAAGCUGCGCAACUGCCAGUGGCGGGAGGGGCAGUACAAGGAGGAAUGCGACCGUCUGCAGUCGCAGCUGAGCCAACACAGCCUGCAAGAAAGCUGCACACCGGAGCUGACCUGUGACCCCCAUGACAUGGAGUGGGUAAAGAUCACCGAGGAAGAGCAGCAAAGGCUGUUGCUGGCCUACAGCAAGUUGGCCCAGGAGUUCUGCCGUUUGCGUAGCCUGACAGAAGCGCAGACCGAGAUCCUCACACGACUCUCUGAGGAACAGUCAACGAAUAACGCCCACCCCCAAUCCUCAGCUUACAUGAAGCAAGAAGCCUACUCCAGCUACCCCAGGAGCUCAAGGCAUCUUCUCCGAAGCAGCUUCCGGGGCCGUCGGAGUUAUUCCGAGAUCAGCGAUGCGAGCGUGUACCGCCACACGAUGCCGGCGGGGCAGCAGGAGGAGGAGGAGACCUCGUCCAGACUUGGGCAGUACCACCCCAGCGAUUACCUCAAGGUGCCGGACAGCACGGACGAUGGGCCGUACAACGACGGGCAGCUGGAGUCGGACGAGGAGGACUGGAUGACCCACAGCCCGCCCGGCACGUUGGACAGGGGAAUGAGGAGCACCUCGUCCUGCACCGCGCUCCCCAUCCCCGACAGUUCCAGCGGCAGGAAUUCCACCGAAUACUCCAAGUCGGAGCACGCUCAGUCCUGGCCUUCCAUCAACCUCUGGAUGGAGACGGGAGACUCGGACAUGAGGAGCUGUCCACUGUGCCAGUUGGCCUUCCCCAUCAAUUAUCCAGAUGAUGCCCUGAUAAAACACAUCGACACCCACCUGGAAAACAGCAAGAUCUGACUGAUACUCUCCACGCUGAACCGCAGGACUGAAGCACGCUAGGCAGCAAAGCAAAGGCUCUCGAAAGAUGACCCAAGGCAACCAACGUCACCCAAACCAAAGCACCAUCUAAUUCUCUUCCUGGCUGAUGUCUUUUGUUACAGCUGCGGGGGGCAGCAGCCUGGGUAGGACCGGUGGUGGAGCAAGAGAUUGAGGAAUGCAGGUUAAUGAUCAAUGAACAUAACGUUGAGUGAUUGGGAGGAGGAUUGCAAGUUAUUGAUCGGCAAGAGUUCAGUAGGACAAACGAUAUGUCUUCCAGUAGAAUCAGUUUACUUCCAAAAGCUAAAUACUUGAACAUUGGUAGGCGGGGAACUUAGCUGUGCUGAAUGGGAGAUCACACAAUGGGAAGGGUUAGGAAAACGGAUGUUAAACUGUCAACCCGUUCUUUAAUGGAAUAAACUGAGUUAGUAGAACACACCAUGAGAUCCCGUGGAGAUAACCACAUCAAUAUUGUGUAAGAAAGAACUGCAGAUACUGGUUGAAACCGAAGAUAGACACAAAAACAAGUUGGAGUAAGCUUUUUUUGUGUCUACCGCAUCAGUGUGGUUAGCUCCCAGUUGGAGAAGAUAACUAACUACUUUUGGUGAGUAGUGAGAUGCAGAAACUGAUCCCUGGCAUGGCAUUCAAAGGAUGAAGGUUGAGCUGGGCUCUCGACCAAUGUAAAUUUAGAGCCCAUUGAUCAUCUCAUUGCAAAUUCUAUUUACUGUAAGAUAUUACACAUCUUAAUGUAGCACAGUAGAAGAAGAAAACUAAUUUGACAUUAAUAUCGGCAGUCACUUGAACCUGGGUCAUGUAGCAUCAUUGCACGCAUGCCUUCCAUUCACAUUUCGUCGUACUUAAAACAUUUAUGCUGGCCAGUGUAUUUUGAGUGUUGUGCGUUACCUCAGCCCUGCUCAAUGCAACGGAUAUUCCACAUAUCCCGAGUUUACACUAGUACACGGCCGCAUACUCAUAUGCACCCAUGCACCCAUGCACAAGGGCAUUCUCACACACAAUACACUCACACACACACACACGCAGGCAAACUCACUGAUAAUGAAUUGUUCUAAUAGGUUAUCACUUGCAGUAUAUUGAUUACCCAUUGAUCCAAAGAUCCUAGUGAUUGACUACAGGGAAGGAGAUUCUAAUACUAGGAUUUGUACUGGGCGCGAUCUCAAAGAGAUCAUGAAAUUUUAUAUUCUCUGUGUAUGUGUGUAUAUGAAAUAAAAAUCUAACACGUGC